AUGACCAUACGGGAGCUGUCAGAGGCUGCCAAUGUCAAUGGAACUGCACACAGCAUUCUGACCACCAAAUUAAACAUGCGAAAGACACUGGCAGUAUUGAACCCGCUGAAGCAGACACAACAUGAACUCAUGCAGGACACAGACCUGGCUGGACCUUUAGUCUUCUGUCUGGCAUUUGGUGGAAGCCUGAUGCUGUCUGGCAAGCUCCAUUUCGGCUAUAUAUAUGGUAUCGGACUGGUUGGCUGUUUGGCGAUGUACUGCUUACUGAACCUGAUGUCUAUGACGGGAGUUUCGAGUGGAUGUAUCAUCAGCGUGCUGGGAUAUUGUUUACUCCCGAUGGUGUUCCUGUCUUUUUCAUCUGCUGUUUUAUCAUUACAAGGUCUUGUGGGUAUUGUGCUAACAGCUAUAACAGUGUUAUGGUGUAGUGUAUCAGCGUCAAAGUUGUUUGUGUCGGCGCUAGAGAUGGACCAUCAGCAAUUACUCGUGGCAUACCCAUGCUGUCUGGUGUAUGGAGUUUUUGCCCUUCUUACAGUCUUCUGA